AUGUCGACAACUCAAACCACAGCGUCUCCGCGACCGCCCCGGGGCAAUCCCCAGCACCCGCAAAGCGCAACCCAACCGCUGCAGAACAACACCACCACCAACGGAAGACAAUCACAUCGAAAGCCCAGAGGGAAUCGCGCGUACAAUGGCCGUACCCAGCUCAAUGCGGCAGCCGGGGCCCCGAAUCAAUUGCCAACAAAUGUCGACCCCGCCUUUGCGCCAACCGCCGGCUUCUCCAGCGAGGAGGCUCAGAUAUCUACAGGACCACGCAACCCAAAGAAGCACACACAGUCCCGCCCCCAAAGCGACCGUGUAUCGUCGCCAAAUCGCGCCCAGGCCUCCCUGACCGACACGGACGCUGCUUCGAACAAUUCCUCUGCAACACCGCUCAAAAUUCAUGGCGCAUAUGCUGGCCCUACCUUCCAUGCCUCUCCUGCACCAUCAGCCCUUCCUAUUCCCAAGUUUUUGUCCAGAUCUGUGCCAGCCAAGACCCGGGCAGGCCCGUUGACCCCACCCCCGGAGGACAGUUCAGACUCUGCGGGUUCUCCGAGUCCUUCCCCAUCCCCUUCUCGCGCUCCCAUUUCCGUUCCCUCGCGCCAUCAAGACUCGCCGCUCGACAUGCUAUUCAAAGCCGACAAAGCAGAGAGGGCGAAGAAUGUCCAUGGUAGUCCAGCUUCUGCCAACUUCGCCAAACCAUCAUUCCCUGUGAGGCCUCAGCACUAUAAGCAGGAUUCGUUCAACUCUUCCCAUGGUGUUUUCCCCAUCGAACUCGAUGGCGCAAGCAAUAAUGCUCCCUUGUCUCCUCCGUCGGUAGCAUCGCCAGUGGCUCAUCGUUCUGUCACAGAACCUCCCCCAGCUCCGCAAGGCAUCGAUUCCCCCCAAGCCAACAAUGGAAACGACGUGAUGCAGGAUCUCUUCAAGAGGCUUUCCAUGUCGCAGAAGAACCCGGCCGUUGGUACUCCGCCAAGGCCGGAAGGACAGGCUCCUUCGGAUCCUCAAUCUCGCAAUUUGACACCGUCCCCCUUCCACAGUGGCCGGCCUACUACCGUCCGAAGUGUUUCAGGGCCCUCCACUCCAGCACCAGCAGCCCAAGAGCCUGCUGACUUCUUUUACGGUAAUCGGAACCUUUCUCCGUUGUUCAAAGCAGCCAAGGGCGAUACUCCGAAGCGUAAUUCCGGCCUUCGCACCGAGAUUACUGCCGAUUCUCCUGUGGUGGCACAGGGCUUGUUCCAAGGAUUUUCCUCUGUUCAGCCGCCUACAGUGGUAGAUCCCAACACUUUUACUCGCAGUCAGCCAGGAGGCAGCAACGAAGGCUCCAUGGGACCGCGUCGUGGAUCAGCACCGUUCGUUCAGCCUUACCAACAGAGCCCAAAUAACCGCAGGAGAACGCCCGGUAAACAACCCUUCCAACCUCGUCCCGAUUCUUAUCCAGUGAGAGCCAAACCCAAUGGCUCUAGCCCUAGGCCCGGAAAAGCGACUAGCAAUGGCCCUUCUGUUCCUGCGCCGAAGCCUUCCACUUCGAUGAUGUCUUUUGUCCCUGCUUCUGUAUCGGCAAAGCCAAGGCAACAAUCUACUUCUACACCCCCUUCUACCGGCCCCCCUCCGCCGUUGAAAACUUCUACUCCUUCCGAUACGAUGGCGUUAGAGCAGGACUUGAAGCGCUUGCUUAAUCUUAAAGAUACGCCCAGUUCUGUUCCAGAAAUACCACCUCGCUCCUUCGCACUUUACGUCCCUAACGUGCGCUUCUUGAACCCCGACUCUGACCCCACAGCAGCCUCGCGCUUCUUCAGAGAUGGCCCUAGUCAAGACGAGAAGGCUGCCAACGCCGAGUUUGGCUCUGAUGCAGACUUUGACGCUGGCAUCCAAGGCCGCAGUCUGAGAAAGAAAUGUAAAGUCAUUACCUACCAUAUGCUGGUGGGCUGCAAGCUAAGCUCUGUAGCAUCCCUCUUCGCUCUGUACAAGAAUGGCAAGCUAGACAAGUCCCUGCCCACUCCGCCACCAAACGCUUCGCCGUUCACUCUAGUCUCGCCUAGUCUACCUGGAGAUGCUACCUCGCCAGAGGCUGAACUCGAGAAGCCGCUCCCGUUCCCACCGACUCCGCAGGACUUCUUCGAGACACCUGAGCGCGCGAGCGUCGUUGGCAGUGCAGACGCACCCAAGCUCAAGCCACGCCCUAGCUUCGGGACGCUGAGGAGUAGGAGCUCGCGUUUCUUCCGCAACACCAGCUCGGCCACGCAUUCUCCACCAGCUCCGCCCGUUCCACAAAUCCCAGUCGAGCCUCCAGCACCUAAGGCAUACCGACCCUCCAUACGCGACUCGCGUUCAUCCAUCAUCAACUCACAGGGUCGAAGCAUCUCCAUCUCACGCCCUACUCUCAUCGCCCAGCUGUCAAGCGCACCCAUCUCAGUGCGCCCAGCUACAGUGCCUUUCACGAAGCCAGUCGGUACGCCGCCGUCACGCCCUCCUCGUCCAGAUAGCCUCAGUGAAGAGACAUUGGCAUUUAUGCAGGAAGGUACUCGUAUGUGUCUUUCUAUGGGGAACCGAGUCAGUGCAAGCACAGCCACGUGUUCAACGCCUCGUAGUCAAGCCAGCUCCAUCGAAGCGCGGCUCGGCUUUCCAUCUGGCCACGGCACACCUCGCAGCUACUCCAUUGAUUCACCUCUUGCAGCGCGCUUUCCUCUUGACCCGUCGCAGCCACUUCCAGUUCGUGAUAGCACCGGCAGCAUCACGGGCUACAGCCGGUUUAGUGGGUACAUCAAGGCUCACCAGGCUGGGUAUGCGGUCGAUGGUGUUGAUUCCGAAGACCGGGAGUUGGGACCCAUCGAGCAGUAUCAGAAUAGCAAGGAGGGUGACUGGACGCUAGAGAGGCGUAUCAGCAAAGGUCCCAACGGCAACCCAGGCAUGCUGUUCCGCGAUAGAUGGGGCGGCUUCCACUUCGUUGCCGACAUCUAG